AUGAAGUCGAUUAUUUGCUUUCUGCUGAUUUGUGCUACUUUCUACGUAGGGGCCACUAGCAAAUGCCCUGAGAACAUCGAUGUAGAUACAUCUCCAAUAGAAAGCAUUUUGGAAACCGUGCUGAAGGUGAUGCUGGACAGGUUUGACGACAUGGAUCGGAAGUUGAUGGAACUUCAAAUCGAGGUGAACGAAGUCCGCGAGGAAGUGGAACGGAACCGUAUCGCGGAAUGUGUUACGCCAUCAUCGACACCCCCACAGCUGGAAACCACUGCAACAACAGAACCUCCAACAACGACUACGACGACUACAACGCAACCGACGGUUACUGAGCCCCCAACCUACGCAUCGUGUAAAGAUGUCCCAGCAAACGCUUCGGGAGUGUAUCUAAUCCGUGUGAACAACGAUAGUCCACCAUUUAAAGUGUUUUGUGAGAUGGAUACGUUUGGAGGGGGUUGGAUUGUGGUGCAACAUCGUUUUGAUGGUUCGGUUGAUUUUUACCGAAACUGGACCCAAUACCGCGACGGUUUCGGAGAGCUAGAUAAUGAAUUCUGGCUCGGGUUGGAACACGUUCAUCAACUCACGACCCGUCAGAAACAUGAAAUAAUAUUCGAGAUCAAGGAUUUUAGUGGCAACUACGGAUACGCUCGCUACAAUGAAUUCCAAGUAGGAAGUGAAAGUGAGCAAUACAUCCUUAAAGUCCUCGGAUCGUAUAAUGGAACUGCAGGUAAUGCUAUGGUGUAUAAUAAGGGGUAUAUGUUCUCAACAAUGGAUAGGGAUGCAACCAGUUAUAUUGAAUAUAACUGCCCUAGAGAGAGGAUGAGUGCAUGGUGGUACUUUAUGUGUACCCGCGCGAAUUUGAACGGACAGUAUGCGAAUGUUACCGAUAAUAAAUCAAUGUAUUGGUUGGAUUUCAACUCCAACUAUCAAGGAAUGAGCUUUAGUAGGAUGAUGAUCCGUGAACUAUAG